AUGAUGCGUGCUGAGCACUCGGCAUUGUCUGCUGACAUUGCGUGCAGAGCGCAGCUCCAUUCGGAGUAUAGGAGCACUUACCGUUGGCAUGAAUUUACGGGCAAUUCGAGACCAGAGGUUGUGCGUCGUGCCCCAGCGCCGAAUCCAAGUCAAUUUGUUGGUCCAACGAACGAGCCGCCAUUGCCGCGCCGAAAAAAAUGUCCUGAAUUGGCUUAUAAAUCGCACGAGUUUAUUAUAGGAUCGGAGUAUACAGAUGCUCGCCGCGAUAAUAGUGCGUACCGGUCGGCAAGGUCGGAGGAGCGAGGAACACCUUCACGUCGAAGCAAAUCGGAGGGUCCUCCCGUUGUGCCCAAUGGACGCGCCUAUUCUGCUGCAAAGGAAAUCGAUGGAGGCACAAGUAAACAGGCGGGUGAGUCAAAUGGCCUAUUGAAAAAGACUAUCACAAAAUUGAGCACUGAGUAUCGCCUGCAAUUUGUUUGGCCCAAUGUGCGACGGAUUAAGGGCGCCGGCGCCGAUUCAACAGCAAGGGCCGCCGCCGGCGAUUAUCCGAGAAAGUCAAUAUCAUUGGGCGCGAUCCGAUCGGGUGGUCAGGGCCAAUCCAUGCACAGCCACACACAUCAAUAUCAAUCGAUGGGUGGCGGCUUGCCAACGGUGCAUAAAAAACGUACAACAAAUCAGAAAGAAGCUACUCUACAUGAGCUGGAACCGUUGGUUAGCGAUACGGAUGAUAGAAAACCAUAUGAGAAACAAGUGAAUUUUGCGGAUCGCAAAAUUGUCGCACGUCCGUUUUCACAAGCAAUUGAUCAGGAGCGUAUCAACCACUUCAUAACGAAAAAAGAGAACUUCGGAUUUGCUGAUGCCAAGGACAGUAGUCAACAGGCAGCACCUGUUGGAGGUGAUGAUGGCCAAAUUGUUGUGAUGAAUGGCACAGCACCCCCGCACUCAAAACCGAAUUUGGACUUGUGGUUCAAGGAGAUGGUUGAAUUGCGUAAAAAGGCUGGCGAAUAUAAGUGUCGUGGCUGGGGAAUGGAAAUUGAUCCGGACCUUUAUAAGAAACAACGAGAUCUUUGGGAUCAGGUUUCAAAGCGUAGCUCACUAUCAGCACUGUCUUUGGCCUCAUCUGUGCAUAGACCCAUUACUAAGGAGGAAAAAGAACAAGAGAACAACAAGAAAUCAACACCAUUGCAAAAAACCCCACAAUCACACAAGCCACGAGUUCCCGGGCAAUCCUACUUGAUUGAUAAUAAGGAUGAGAUAUCAGCACUGCCAGCACGUUUCAGCAAUAUACGCCAUCAUUUGGAGCGUACAACGGGUCCGGUAGAUGUUGAGGAAGGCGCACUUUUGCCGUCGCCAACACGUGAGAAAUUAAUGCCAGCUAUAACCAAGCGAGAGUCCGAAUCUCAACGCGGCAGUCCCAAGAAGACCGCGCUCUCGCGCCAUGGCUCCCCCCAGAAGGGCAGUCCACAGAAGGGCAGCCCCAAGAAAAUACUCAAAACACGCUCACAAUCUGUGGGUCCUGGCGUUGCUGAGAAUGAGUCACCUAAGCGUCAAAUACGCUCGGCCAGUCAAGCGCCAACGACCCGUAAAAAGAUAGUGACUACGCCAUCUGCGACAUCGGCCGGAACUGAACGUAAGGCACGCCCAUCUACCCUAUCCACAACAUUCCAAUCCCGCAUUAAAAGUAGUUCCCUACCACCGCCUAUCGGUAAAGUAGCCGCAGCGCCAAGAAUAACAGCAGCAACAGAAUCAAUAACAUCAGCAACAGCUGGUUCGGCUCGUACCGCAGCAGCAACAGCAACAUCUAAUGCUAAUCAGGCUAAUCAAUCACAACUAUCACAAACCAAGAGUGGGAAUAAAAUUGCAAAAUCAUCACCAUCACCAUCAUCAUCAUCGUCAGUGCAACAAAAGCAGCAGCACCAUCAGGCUCAAAAGCAACAACAGCAACAGCAAAUGCGUAAGAAAGAGAAAGAUAGAACGAAUAUUAGCUGCAUUGGUCUUGUUAGUAAUGUUGGCUCUAGUAGCGAUAGUAGUGCAAAUAGUGCGAAGCAUCAACAAAAUAAACAAAAGCAAAUACAGCUACAGAAAGAACAACAACAACAACAACAACAGCAACAGCAAAAACAAGAACAGCAACAAAAAUUAGAAGCUGCAACAGCAGCAGCAACAAACACAGCAGCAACAACAACCGCAUCAGUUCCAUCAACAGCAUCGAUAGCUACAUCGGCACCACCGACCCGACCUGCCACCAUCAACAUCAAACGCCUAACGGUACCAGGUCAGGAUAAAAAAUUGGCUGAAAGCGACUCCGAAGAUGGACGCGAGACAGCGAUUUCAAUUUCCAGCUGCAGUCCACAGCCAGUGCCCGAGGUGCCCGAAGAGCCAUUGGUAAAAUCGCCCCCAGAGCCCACAAGGGUCAAGUCGCCGGAACAGAUUAUAAUGCGCUCUCCCGAUCCAGUAAACUGGACGGUGCCCUUGGAUACUGGCAAGACAUUUACGGUUACACAAAACGUCAAAGAGGGCGAGAACUACAGCCGACCUCAAAGCGAGAUAAAGGCAUCGACACCGGUGGAGAAGCCACCGCCGCCACCACAAUCGGCACCGCCACAAUUAACCGAACAGGCUAAAAUGGACGCCUGGAAGGCCAACAGUAGCGGCGGAAGCCCAACCACAAGCGCAGCUGCCUAUGGCAAAACAUUGACGCCCAUUUACACGCAGCCCGGAAUGGCUGUGCGCUGUGAGAGCACUAGGCCGGAGCCGGCCAUGCCAUCAUCAUCAUCAUCAUCCUCAGCGACUGCCACAAACACGGCGUCCACAGCUCGCACCACAGCUGCUGAUGUUCUGGAGAAGGCUCGUGACCGCUUUGAUCGUUUUUGGGGUGGCACCAGUGCCAAUACCAGCAAGGAGGAGAACGUUUAAAUUAGAAGAAAACUAAAUAUUUCAAGUGCAAAAUGUUUUACUCAAAAUCAACUCAAAUUCAAGUUACCAUAAGCUUUACUAUAUAAUGUAGCCUUAUAUAUGCACUCCAUACGUACUCUGACUCUCUAAACCCAAUUAUGCUCUGGUUUUUGUAGCUUGAGCUUGUCAUCUUCAGGUUUGCCGUGUUAAAACCCUAAUAAAGUUGGUUUCAAGACUAAUUCCAUCAAUUUCCAUAGAAAAAGUCGCUAUAAUUUGCAUUUUUUGUAUAUUAAGCUCAUUUUAAAUAUAUUAGAGAACAAACCAAUUUUUGGUAGUUGAAAAAUAAAUGCAGUCCUAUUUUUCAACACGUCUUUGAUUUUAAACUAUCUACUGUCUAAAUGUCGACUAUAUCUCUUUGCUCCAAGUUGUUGUUGCAUGUAUGAAAGAGUUUUAUUUAAAGCAUUGCACAUUUAUGUAAACAAUGUAAGAAUUUUACUUUCACUGCCUACCCCAGAGAAUAAACAAGAAUUUUUGCAAAAAACCUUGCCAGUUUUAUAGAGUUCAGCAUCAGAAAAAAUUAGCUAUACUCGAAAAGCAAUAAGCAAUUAAGAAAAAUAUUAAAAAAAAACAAUAAUAGAAGGACAAAAUCACCGCAGAGACCCGUCCAAAAGACAACUAAAAAAAAAUAAUUAAUUGCAAACAGAGAUGUGUUUUAGAUAAAACUAAAAACUUUUGUAAUGCCAUUAAUGGAAUAAUAGAGAAAAAGUUAGAACGAAGCAUAUAUUGGGUAAUGCAUAAGGUGAUCUAAGCUUAAUUUAAUGAUCCGGCAAAUAUGUUAAACGUAUACAUAGAUGUUAGCAUAGUAUAUGUGAGCUCUAAAUAAAUAGAUUUUGCACAUGAAUUAAUUACUGAUGAUAUGAAACUAAUAAUAUUUUAAGAAAACAAAUUCUUUUGGCAAUGAUAAUUAUGAAUCAUAUACAUACAAGCACACACACAUACACAAACACACACACAAAGGUAUAAAGCGUUAUAUACGAAUAUGGGUACGUUUUGCGAACGUGUUAGCUGAAAAUAUAUUAUAUUUAAAAUGUGGAAUGAAUUUGCAACUUACAUACAUGUGUAUCAAAUAGUCCUAUGUAUAAUCGAUAUAUUAAAAACCCAACUUGUUUCAGUACUUAAAGAAGUCUGUUUACAUUUUGAAAAUGAGAUCGAUUAAAAUGCUUGCAAGGUAUCAGACAGCAGCAGCUGCACUAAACUUAAAUCCGAAGAUCAUAGCACUUGUACCUCAAUAUCUUAAAUAUGUAAACAGCGUUUUUGAUUUUCUCUGAGUACAAAUUAAUCAUAUUUAAAAAGUUAUACUCACGAUUAUUAUAUAUUUGCAUUCUAAGUUGGCUUGAUAGCUAGUGGUUUUGGCUAUUUAUUUAGUCCUGAAGACUAAACCUUGGUAAUGUGUAUUAAGCCAUAGUAAUAACUGAAGAUCAUACUUUACUCCAUUAUGUUUGCGACUUAUUUCAGCAUUGAGCUUAAUUGUUGCUUAAAAUCAAAACAAAUUACAUACUUUAAAAUAUGGGCAGCUUAAAUUAAGUUAAGCCACAGUAUAUUUAUUAAACAGUUAAAUAUGUAUUUUUAUAUGCUUUACUUUUGCAUUAGUGAAGCCUGUCACGGUUAGUUGAUAAUGUUGAGUUGAAAACAUAAUCUAAUAGUAAAAAAAGAAAAAAUAAAUGUUAUCCAGUGUCUACAACGUAACAAUAUAUGUUUAUUUCUUCAUUUCGUGCAUCUAUAUUAUUCAAAUAGUGCUUAUCACCAAACGAGUAAACAAUUCAAAAGUUUGACAUGAUAACAUGACAUGACGCAUAAUCUGAUAUUGGAUUAUUGGAAUGCAGACGUUUUUUCAAUUGCAGUCAGAAAAAAAAUUAAACUCAAUUUAAUUUUAAAAAUCACACACUUAAUGCAAACUCUAAUAUGAAUUAUCAUAAGAAAAAAUUUGAUAUAUAUUCUAGCUUGUUUACAACAUUAAAAAUGUAUACAAUUAAUUUAAAAGCAUCACAAAUUAGGCAAAUAAAUCUUUGAGCUAUGAGUCAACUCCUAAUAAAAGCUAUAAACAAUAUUUAUUGUUUAUUGUUUAUAUCUCUAUACAGAAAGUUUUAUGAAAUGUAUUAUUAAAGCCUAAAAUGCCCACGACUUUUAAGAAGACAACAAAUACACGCCAUUAAUAUUUAAAUAGGUAUGAAAUAAACAAGCUAGGAGUUAAAGUUGGACGCUGUCAACUUUAUAUACACUUUGACAAUAAAGAUGUAACUCGCAUAAGGAGAUAUAUGCAAUCAAGCAUGCGACUGCAUGGACUUGUUCCAGAUGCAUCAGUUAAGAAUAUUGGAACUGAAAUGUUUUCAAAAAUUUUUUUCCGAUCGGUUCGAGAGAUCUUGUUGCUCAUACAUAUAUACAGACAGGCAGACAGACGGACGAAUAGGCCGAUAGAAUAAAAAUGUCAAAGUGUAUAAUAAUAAAUCUAAUCGAUAAUUUUCCCGGAAAUUAGGCACACCAAGUAGCCUUCAGAAUACAAGUAAAAAGUCAAAGAAAUGGAUGUAACAUAACUUAUGUGCAUGAUCCAACCUAAUAACAAACCUACAGAAAGUGUAAAACUAACAAAUGAUGGUUAAAAAUAAUAUUAAACAAUUGUAUGAAUAAUUCAAAUAGUAAAACAAUUGUAUGAAUCAAAUAAAGAAAAUGCAUGAG